GACAGAAACGUGGAAGUUCAUGAACGCCACCACCUUGAACCCAGUCGCCAAUAGGACUUCAACCGCGCACCGUCUUGCACAUUUAGUAUGAGCAGCAGCAGCCGCAGUUCCUGGACAGAUCUUGUCAAGGUUUGGAUCCAACUUGGUCAAUACCUCCGGGCGUCGGUGGCCACGUCGCCCGCUGUGACCAGCGACGAGGCGUACGUCGUCAAGAAGCCGACGCCGCCGCCGCGGCCGGCCAGUCCACCGCGCCCGACAAAAAGCACGCUGCCGCCGUGUCAAGUGCUGACGCGCAAAGGGUCGUCGCCGAGCUUUCACUCGCUCUUGGAUCGAUUCUUGCAGCGACCCAAAUCGCCAAUUCGCCUUCCGCGGGCCUUCUUGAACCGAACAGUGCUCACAGUCGCGGGCAAGCGCGUGCCGUUUACGCGCUGCAUGUCCAAGGUUGCGCGCAGCCAAAUCAAGCCGCUGCCGACGAUCAUCGAGAUGUACACGCGGCAUUAGCCUAGUAGCUUUCUGUGUGCUGUUAUUUAAGAUGCUCCUGCGACGAUUCACAUUGUCAGUCGAGUGCAAAAUCGUCCGAGGCGCCAUUGAGGCAAAGUCGGCCGUUUUAAUUUAAGCCAAUCGCGUGCGAGGCCAAAGAUACGCUCCACCACCUUCUCUGCUUUGUCCCUGUGCCAACUCUCCGCCGUAGUAACUGCUAGCUGCGACCUCACGACGACGACGCGACCGUUUUCUGCUUGGCGCACGAGACGAUGGCGUGCGUCUGUUAUCUUGGACGCCCUUUCACAGCGUCUCUGUCGAAUGGAAUGGCGGGUAUUCCGCGAGUAGCUUACUUCUCGUCCUUCAAGGUUUCGACGCCUCGCCGACGUGCAAGGUGAUUGAGGUUUGCGUGAGGUCGUUCGAUCGUCACCGUAUGGGGCAAAGCUGCACGUUGCUGUUCGUCGCCCUGGGGCUCUCGGAUACAUAAUACUAGGCUUUGCCACUUCGUUCGUAG